AUGGGUAAAGAAACGUUUGCCGUAAAAUGGAUUGAAACUUCUAUUAUAAUAAUGCCCCCAAAUCUUGCAGGCUUGUUUUACUGCCUUUACCCACCACUUUACGCCUCGUUAGACGAAGUUCGUGGUGGCGUCUACCAAAACCUCUUCAACGCAAAAAGCCUAGUAAAUGGAAAGGAGGAUGCAGCAAGCAAUUAUGCACGUGGUUUUUAUCAAAUGGGACAGUCCUACAAGGAACCAUUUGUGGACAGCCUUCGGAAGAUUGCAGAAGCCUGUGAUCUCCUAAAUGGUCUCUGCUUCUUUCAUUCAUAUGGCGGGGGAACAGGAUCAGGACUUUUGAUGGCUCUAGAAGAACAUAUCGACAACUCCUUCAUCAAACAAGCCAAAUUUGACUUUGGCAUCUACCCCAGCCAACAACAGGUGUCGUCUAUUGUAGAACCAUACAAUGCAAUCUUAGCCGCUUCUUCGCCCUGCCGAAUGGAAUCGAUUUCCCUCUUCUUCGACAACCGGUCUAUCAUCAAGGUUAUUCGUGAUCGCUUGAAAAAAGACUCUAUUUCAUAUACGACAAUGAACAGACUACUUGCACAGGUUUGA